CAAUGGCUAGAUCAGAAGAGAGACCUAUGCAGCAUAGGAAACGCACCCAUUUGAUUCUUUUCCCAUGCCCAUUACAAGGCCACAUAACUCCCAUGCUUCAGCUGGCCACAAUCCUACACUCCAAAGGAUUCUCCAUCACCAUCGUCCACACUCAUUUCAACUCUCCCAAUCCAUCCAACCAUCCAAGCUUUAAUUUUGAACCCAUAUCCGACGGAUUAACGGCUGAUCAGACACGGAAAGACGAUGUCAUGGGCCUGGUUGCACUCCUUAACGUCAAUUGCCAUGGCCCAUUUAAUGAUCUCAUGGCUCGGAUGCUGUCAGAGGAGAACCCACGUGAUCCAAUUGCAUGCAUUGUUUCCGACGCUCUCAUGCACUUCACACAAUCUGUGGCGGACCACUUGAAGAUCCCGAGGAUGAUCCUACGGACAAGCAGCGCCACGUCAUUUGUCACGUGCGCUGCCUUCCCGCUGCUCCGGGAGAAGGGCUAUCUUCCCAUACAAGAUCCUCAAUCGGAGACGCCAGUGUCUGAGCUCCCUCCACUCAGGAUCAAAGACCUACCGGACAUCAGCACGGACAACUCGGACACAUUGUACAAACUGGUGGCCCACAUGAACAACGAAACAAGGAACUCUUCAGGGCUGAUCUACAACUCCUUCGACCACAUCGAAGAAACCGCAUUGGAGAAAAUCCGUCAAGACUUCCCGAUACCGUUCUUUCCGAUCGGCCCGCUUCAUAAAUACUCAUCAGGAUCAUCCAGCAGUUUGCUGCAACAUGAUCACAGCUGCAUUUUCUGGCUAGAUAAGCAAGCGGCGGGGUCCGUCAUCUACGUCAGCUUUGGAAGCUUAGCUUCCAUGGUGAAAAAAGAGGUAGAGGAGAUAGCAUGGGGCCUAGCCAAUAGUGGCCAGCCCUUCUUGUGGGUGGUUCGUCCUGGAUUGCUCCGUGGGUCAGUGAGGGCUGAAAUGCCAAAUGGGUUUGAAGAGGAGACACAGGGGAGGGGCUUAGUGGUCAAGUGGGCCCCACAGCAAGAGGUCUUGGCCCACCCUAGUGUGGGAGGUUUUUGGACACACAAUGGCUGGAAUUCAACGGUGGAGAGUAUUUGUGAAGGGGUGCCUAUGCUAUGUUGGCCUUGUUUUGGUGAUCAAAAGGUGAAUGCUAGGCUUGUAAGCCAUGUAUUGAAAGUGGGUGUGCAACUAGAGAAUGGGUUGGAGAGAGAAAAGAUAGGGUGGGCCAUAAGAAGAUUAAUGGUUGAGAAGGAAGGAGAGGAGAUGAGGAAAAGGAUAAUGAAAUUGAAAGAAAAGGCUGACCGUUGUUUAAGAAAAGGAGGUUCUUCCUAUGAGUCGGUAGAUAGGUUAGUAAAUUGUAUCCUGUCAUUGUAACGAACGACUCGCCCUAGUCGACUUCGAUUCCAUGCGUCCUACCAGAUCCGGUUGGAUACCACAAGUAGGCCUGGGGGGUCCGACUCAGGUAAGUUGGGCUGAUACACACCACCCAACUCGGGCGGGAUGCAACUCGAGUCUAGACAACGAGUCGAUCUGAGUCACUGAGUCUGAAAGCCAUGAUGUAACCUCUUUGUUCUUCACUUUAGUGAGUUUUGUGUGAUAUAAAAAGUGCCUGAAUAUCAUUUUCACAAUCUGAUAGAGUAUCAAAGUUGUUUUAAUGGAAAAAUGCUAUUCUUGUUCCAGACAGUGGACAACACCUUUCGGUGGCAUUAUUAGGGCUUCCGGUUGUUGAGGUGGGGCACAUAGUUCACUAAUUCAAACAAAUGAUAUUGUGGGCCUAACACAUAAGGACCUAUUUACUAAGAUUGUAGACUAUUCAUGUAUUUUUUUUUCUUACUUAAAUCUUUUAUUUUCUUUCUGUUGAGAUGUGGAGCCACAUCCAAACAGGGCCGCUCGACCAGUCAAGGGC